CUAGACGCACCGCGGCCGGCGCUUACCGGAAGAGACGUCAGGCGGGCCGGAAGUGAGCCGGGGACGCGGGAGACGCCGCAGGCGAGAUGAAGCCGGCGGUGGACGAGAUGUUCCCCGAGGGCGCCGGGCCCUACGUGGACCUGGACGAGGCCGGAGGCAGCACCGGGCUCCUGAUGGAUUUGGCAGCCAAUGAAAAGGCAGUUCAUGCUGACUUUUUUAACGAUUUUGAAGAUCUCUUUGAUGACGAUGAUAUCCAGUGAGACGAGUGAGACGCCGUCCGGCAGUGCGUGUGGUCGCGCCCGCGUCACCUAGGGGUGUGGCCGAUCUGCUCAGAGGACAGUUUCAGGUGGUUCUAAGGAACGGGUGGACAUUACGUGAAAUUAGGAGACGGUUGACCAAGAAAGAGGGUGGUUUUAACCAUCCGCGUGAGGCCCGCUGAUCUCUAAAUGUGACCGACUUUUGCCCUUCAAUUAAAAAAAAGAGCUGCCGUCGUUUGCA